AUGUGCCAAAUGGUUCUAGAAAUCUGCCCCCUCUGCAAGUUCUGCGGCCCCUUACACAGACCCUACAUGAAGAUAAGACACUCCCUCGAACCAUGCUCCAACGCAGCAACAGCGGGACCCUGCCGCAACCCUCCUGAAGUAGACAGGCAGGGCGAAGACGUAUGCCGACGCUGCAUCAACCUGGCUAAUGAGAAGAAGAAGCAAGAUGAGAAGAAGAAGAAGGACGACGAUAAGAAGAAGGACAAGGAUAAGAGGGCGCAAGAUAAGGUGGUCAAGGCGGCGAGGAUGAAGGCCUGGAGUAAGAGCAAUAAGGCGGAGAAUGAUGCUAUUAAGAAACUUUGA